AUGCAUAUAGUGUUAAUACGACAUGGAACACGAAUAGAUAAAGAUAGACCUGGUGUUUCUCCUGACCAAUCUAAUGUCUCGUUGCGACCUAGUGACAGGAUUCCCGAUAAUAUAGCAGAUAUAAUCAACCAAGCACAGAAAGUGAAACCUCAGAGAGAAGAAUUCAAUCUAGAUGUUGAGUCCUCUAGCUGGUUGUCUAAUUUUGAUCCUCCUCUAAACCAAAGGAAAGCAUCCGAAGAGAUGGAUAGUGCUUUUAAGAAAAUCAGUACAAAUAUCCUAGGAAAGCAUAAACCCGAUAAGAUCAUGAUUCAUUCAUCACCAUAUAACAGAUGUAUACAAACAAGCGAGUUGCUGUUAGAUAAAAUUAAGAAGUCUAAAACUUUAGACAGCAAAGUCCCAGUGAAAUUAAGAGUUGAUCAGGCUCUCUCUGAAUGGUUGAAUGAGAAUUAUAAUCUAAAGUAUUUACCACCAAACGAUGAUGGUUAUUCGAUGAUCAACAAUGUCAAUGCAUAUUUAAAUCAAGAAAUCAACGAAAAUGAUUGCGAGGGAGAAUUCAGCUCACAAACGAGACACCAGCUCAGGGAUGCUAGAGACUUUAUGUGGUCUUAUAAUCAACUAGGACAUUGCGGUGAGUAUGGUGAAAGUGCUUCUAGUUUCACGAGAAGAUGUUUUUAUUAUCUGAUAUAUCUACUACAAUUCUAUUAUACUAGACAAGACGCCAAGGCAGAUAGGAAUAUGGUUGUCUUCAUUGUUUCUCAUGGAGCAGUUAUUUCGACAUUAUUGCAAAUUUUAUUGGGUCGUUCAGUUUUCAAUGAAAUUCCGUUAUGUACUCCAAUAUAUUUUAAGCAGUCAGAAAAACGUAGGUCAGUAUUCAAGUUAAUGGAUUAUGAUUUCAAUUUGUAUCAACUUUUAUCACCAUCGUCAGAUCAGGAAUUUUAUAAAAUAUUAGACACGCCAAUUGAAUUGACUAAACUAGACCCCGAAAAUUUAAGGAGUGAACUCACUAUAGGUACGACUGGAUACACUACUAUUAUCCAGAGUAUACCCAAGAAACCUGAAUCAACGCAAAAACUCGAUGUGUUAUCUACUAGGAGAAGACGUAACACUAUUAACAUUGGAGAUAAAGAACACCACGAGGACAGUAAUCAGUCAUUAAAGCAAACCUUAUCAUCAAGACAACUAUAUAGAUUGAACAAAGAUACAAAUGAGGAAAAAGUGAUUGAUCUUGAUAAGUUGCAUAGCUAUUUUGGGGGUGACAGUGAAAGUGAUAGUGAUGAAGAAGUUGACGGUCUACAAAAGAUAGUCAAUGUCAAUGAUUUCGAUGAUCAUGGGAAAAGUUUGAAAAACAAUAUCUACAAAGGAUCUAUCACGUCUUUGAGCUCUUUCAAUGAGGAAAACAAAAGCAAAUUCCAACUGAAUGAUAAGAAUUUCUACUCAAAGCAAUCUCCCAUUGAAAGUGAUCCAUAUUCUCAUUUCUUCUUAGAGAGAAGUUCAACCAUGGAGCAUAAUGGAGAAUUUGAUAGUAUUAAUAUGACCAUGUCUAUGUCUCGUAAAAGCUCCCAAGGCCAAAAUGCGAAUGUAAAGUUUGAUGGAUUAACGGGGAGUGACUCCGACAGAAGCAUUGAUACUGAAGAGUACGAAUCAGAUUCUGGUGAUGAGCCAAUCCUAUCAUUUGGCACUAAAGACAAAAUCCAGAAUAUGGUUAAUAUUCGAGUUUCCGAUGAAUCCAAUAAGGAAAAUACUGCAAAACCAUAUAUAACAGGUACCUUUGGUAAUGUUCCCCUGAAAGGAGGAAAAGACAGGACAAACUCAGUUAGUAAUACAACUAACGCAAUAAGCAGCACGAAUAUGGGCAGUGUAAUGGGUUGCUCAAAUAGCCACAGUGGAACAAAGCUGGCGAUUCCUAAAUUGAUAUCUACGAGAAAUAUGAACCUCCUGGUACGUGGUGGAGACAGUGAAGAGAGUAUGACACGGACUGCCAAUAAUAGCAACAGUAUUCUUAAAAAUCUACUGUUUGAUCAGAAAGCAUCACCAUUUGGAGAAGACGCAAAUAGUGCAGAUGAUGAUGAUGAUGACGAGGACAGCGGAUGGUUUGGCGGGUUUUCUAGAUAA